CCAGCAUCAUACUGGUUCACUCCUCGCCACGGAGGCAAGAUUUCUACCAGUCAUUUGGGUUUCAUUUGUGGGACAUAAGGUGAUUAUUGCAACCGCAACUUUUGGGUGUUGAAUAUAGCUCUCUAAAUUCUCUUUAAUAUUGUGGUUGUAAACAUGGUGAGUUUCAUUUCUCAUUUGAUUUUUGUUUCAGUUUCAUACAUCAGCAUCAGCAUUUUUCCCGACUCUCCAAUCGGCUGCAUUAUUCAGUCUUCACAAAAACAUUCAAGCCUGCAGGCGUAUCUGUGUGCUUUCAAAAACAAAUGUCACAAUUUCCUUUCAACACUCAUCCAUUCCCACAACAGCACUGCUCACAUCUGUGUCAGGAAUCACUUCCCAUAUUCUCAACUUCUUCUUUCUCACCCUCGCAAUUUAGUGGCAAAGAAAGAUAAGACUCUUGGUUCCGUGUGUCAGUCCUGCAGCCGCCUCUCGCAAACAUGGACCCAAGCGUGACCACACCAGAAUACGAUGAUUAUUAUGCGGACAACUACACCUGGACCUUUGACCCAAAGGAAACUUACGCACCUCCGUGCUUCCCAGAUGACAUAUACGCCUUCGCACGCAGCUACUCGCCCGCUGUUUACAUCCUGGUGUUCAUCUUGGCCGUGGUGGGCAACGUGCUGGUGCUGUGCGUGAUCCGGCGCUACAGGAAAUCUCAAAGCGGAGCUUGUGCAUUCUCGCUGACUGACACCUUUCUCCUUCACCUGGCCAUCUCCGACCUGCUGCUGGCCUUCACCCUGCCGUUGUUCGCCGUGGAGUGGGCUCGCGAGUGGGUGUUUGGUCUGGCAAUGUGCAAGAUCUCAAGCGCUCUUUUCUCUCUCAACCGCUACAGUGGAAUCCUCUUCCUGGCUUGCAUCAGCUUUGACCGAUACCUGGCCAUCGUCCAUGCGGUCAGCUCCAACUGGAAGCGUAGCACGUGCCACGCUCAGAUCGCCUGUUCCCUCAUCUGGGUGGGCUGCCUGGGCCUCAGUGGAGUGGACAUCGCCUUCAAACAGGUGGUGGACCGGGACAGUCUGGGCAAACCGAUGCCUGCUCUGUGCCAGAUCUGGUUCCCAGACAGCAACACGCAGUGGCAAGUGGGCCUGAAGCUGGUCAGUGUGAUUUUAGGAUUCGUGCUGCCGCUGAUGAUCAUGCUCUACUGCUACAUACGCAUCUUCAGGUCACUCUGCAACGCCACUCGCCGCCAAAAACGGAAAUCCAUCCGUCUCAUCAUCUCACUUGUCUCCGUUUUUGUGAUCUGUUGGGCACCUUACACCUGCUUCCAGCUCAUUGACAGCCUGGAGCGCCUGGGCCUCGUGGUCGGGGACUGCCACUUUACAAGGGUGAUGGACAUCGGGACUCUGGUCACUGAGAGUCUGGGCCUGUCACACUGCGCCCUCAACCCUCUGCUGUACGGCUUUGUGGGGGUGAAGUUCCGCAGGGAGCUGGUCAGAAUGUGCAAGGGUCUCCUGGGACAGAGACAGGGAAUGGAGGGAUGGAGGAAGAGGAGACUUCGGAAAUCUACUGGGUCGUUUAGUUCUGCAGAAAGCGAAAACACCUCAUAUUCAGUUAUGGUGUGAAAUGAAUAGAGGACCAGGUUUUUUUUUUUUAAUGUGUGUUUUAUCUUUUGACGACGAGCAACCGCUAUCAUCACGAGAGGAAGCUGCAGACUUAUCUCGUGUGCCGUUAUCAUCAUCCUGUUUUGUUGUCUUAUUAAACAUCAAAAAAGCUAAUAGUAUUCACAGCACUUAGAAGUGUUUCAGCUAUUAAAAUGUGAUGCGCAUCAUCAAUUUUGUUUUUUUCAUUUUACGCUUUCAGAUGGUUGUAAAUAGAAUGAGAUCAUAUCCAUUGUGCCGAUACUGCAGGUUUUCGCGUCUAAAGUUGAGGUCUGUAGAAAUCGCUUGAUUUCUUCACUCUUGUUAAAAAAAAAAAAAAAAAAAAGAAAGUUCCUCAGCAGUUUUCGUCUGUUGUCUGAGUUCCCAUAAAUGCGUCACCGACAUAUGCACAU